CGAUGCCCUAGCGUCCUCGGCAGUAGUGUGUAGGGCGCGCAGCAAUGGCGGCAGAUGCCGCGGCCCCGAUGGGAGGCCUGUUUCUAAAUCCCGAGCAUCGAUCGUCAAAGGUAUGGAAGGAUAAUGUCAGCACCGAUGCUCACGGCACGCCGUUUGCGAGGAAAUCACUGGCGAUGGAGGACAAUGAGGACGCGGAAGCGCUCAUGUGGGCAGCGCUGGAGGAGUUCCCAGCCUACGAGCGCCUCCGCAUGGUUUUUUUGGACGAGGCGGAGAAGAUCCCGGUGGAUGUGAGGUACCUGAGCAGGGGUGAGAGGCAGCGGGUGUUGGAGAGCGCGUUUGCCACCACCGAUCAAGACAAUCUCCACCUCUUGCAGCGGCUCAAGGAGCGCCUCCAGAGGGUCCGCAUUGCGCUUCCCACGGUGGAGGUUCGCUUCGAGCAUCUCCGGAUCAGUGCUGAUGUUCACGUUGGAUCGAGAGCUUUACCAAGCCUCACAAACUUCGUGAGGAAUUUUGUGGAGGACAUGCUAGUUUCUAUGAAGAUCAUGUCAUCGGACAAGAAGGAUUUUAAGAUUCUCAAGGACGUGAGUGGGGUCAUCAAACCCGGAAGAAUGACUCUUUUGCUGGGACCGCCUGGAGCUGGAAAGUCGACGUUGCUGGUGGCACUCGCUGGAAAGCUUGAAGCGGAUCUGAGGGCAACCGGUACAAUAACUUACAACGGCCAUGGCUUCAACGAGUUUGAACCCCUGGGAACUUCUGCGUAUAUUGGUCAAGAGGACAACCACAUUGGAGAGAUGACUGUCCGAGAGACACUGGAUUUUUCUGCUCGCUGCCAAGGUGUUGGCUACAAAAACGAGAUGCUAACCGAGCUAGUCGGCAGAGAGAAGGAGCGACACAUUCACCCGGAUCCUGAAAUUGAUGCCUUUAUGAAGGCAAUGGCUGUUAAAGGGAAAAAGCACAGUAUGGCUACAGACUACAUGAUGAAGGUGCUUGGCUUAGAAGUUUGUGCCGACACUUUGGUGGGGAAUGAAAUGCUUCGUGGCGUCUCAGGAGGGCAGAAGAAACGCGUGACUACAGGUGAAAUGGUUGUGGGGCCGAAAAAGACGCUUUUUAUGGACGAAAUCUCGACCGGGCUCGAUAGUUCCACCACGUUUCAAAUCGUCAAGUGCGUCAGAAAUUUUGUUCAUUUGCUAGAAGGGACAGUUCUGAUGGCGCUUCUUCAACCUCCUCCAGAAACGUAUGACCUUUUUGACGACGUGUUGCUACUGGCUGAAGGAUACGUAGUUUAUCUCGGUCCGAGAGAGAGCAUACUACACUUUUUCGAAUCGAUGGGUUUUAAGUUGCCCCCUCGGAAAGGAGUUGCUGAUUUUCUUCAAGAGGUAACCUCGAAGAAGGAUCAGAAGCAAUACUGGGCAGACAAGAGCAGGCCAUACCAGUACAUUCCAGUCGCGGUGUUUGCCGAGGCAUUCCAAGAUUAUCAAGCUGGUAAAGACCUUAGCGCGCACCUUGCCACCCCUUAUAACAAAGCAGGCAGCCAUCCUUCGGCUCUGUCGAAACGAAAGUAUGCAAUGUCAAGCUGGGAAUUGUUCAAGGCAUGCACCCAACGAGAAAUCCUCUUGAUUUCACGUCACAGAUUUCUCUACAUUUUUAAAACUACUCAGGUAGCCAUAAUGGCAAUAAUUACGGGCACGUUGUUCCUUCGAACGACAAUAGAGCCGACUAAUGAAAUCUACGGGAAUAUGUACCUCGGCUGCUUGUUUUUUGCGCUUAUUCAUAUGAUGUUUAAUGGCUUCUCCGAGAUGGCCAUCACGGUUCAUAGGCUUCCUGUCUUCUACAAGCAGAGAGAUAAUCGCUUCUAUCCAGCUUGGGCGUUUUCGUUGCCGAGCUGGUUUCUAAGAAUCCCUUACUCGGUGGUGGAAGCGGUUAUAUGGUCCUGUAUUAUAUACUAUUGCGUAGGCUUCACACCAGAGGCUGACAGGUUCUUCCGAUACAUGUUUCUAUUAAUGCUGAUGCAUCAAAUGGCAUUGGCAAUCUUUAGACUGAUUGGAGCUCUUGCUAGAGAUAUGGUGGUAGCAAAUACCUUCGGUUCAUUCGCUCUUCUUAUUGUAUUUUUGUUGGGUGGUUUUAUUAUAGCUAGAAAUGACAUACAUCCUUGGUGGAUAUGGGGGUACUGGCUUUCGCCUCUCUCUUAUUCACAGAAUGCCAUAGCUGUGAAUGAAUUUCUCGCUCCUCGAUGGAACCAGAAUGUUGCCACUGGAUAUAGAAAGCUUUAUAUCAACAUAAUGAAGCCAAGAGGAUUGUUUUUGGAAAGUUGGUGGUACUGGGUGGGAGUGGGCGUGCUGAUCGGGUAUAUGCUCUUGUUCAACCUGGUUGUGAUCCUUGCGUUUGCGUAUCUAGAUCCGCUGGGGAAACCACAGGCUGUCAUCCCAGAGGAUCCUGUUGAGCCACCGUCACUUGAAGCUGCUGUUCCAGGUAGGGAUCGACGCUUUCUCUUGCCAUUAUAUCAUCUCAGGUUUAUUACUCGUACAGAAACAGCGACAAAGAGAACGUUUCGAUCCGAUGGGACUCCGGAAAUGACCCUGGAUGUGGCUGCACUGGAAAAAAGAGAUUCAGGCAAGAAGAAAGGAAUGAUCUUGCCAUUUCAGCCUUUGUCCUUGACGUUUUUGAAGAUGUGCUACUACGUCGAUAUGCCUGCUGAAAUGAGAAGCCAGGGCCUGACUGACGCUCGACUACAGCUUCUUCGUAAUGUGAGCGGUGCAUUCAGGCCUGGUGUCUUGACUGCUCUUGUCGGUGUAAGCGGUGCGGGCAAGACGACGCUGAUGGAUGUUCUUGCUGGGAGAAAGACGGGUGGAUAUAUAGAAGGUGAUAUACGAGUAUCUGGCUACUCCAAAGUUCAGAAGACUUUCGCUCGUAUUUCUGGAUACGUGGAGCAGACGGACAUUCACUCCCCUCAAGUGACCGUUUACGAGUCUUUACUGUAUUCCUCGUGGCUACGGCUUCCACGAGAAGUGAACAAAACUACCAGAUAUGCGUUUGUGGAAGAAAUAAUGUCCCUGGUGGAGCUGGAUACGCUAAGAAAUGCUCUGGUGGGCCUUCCAGGGAGCACCGGUCUCUCUACUGAGCAACGGAAAAGGCUGACCAUUGCUGUGGAACUCGUGGCCAAUCCUUCAAUAAUCUUUAUGGAUGAGCCCACAUCCGGACUGGAUGCUCGUGCUGCCGCGAUAGUGAUGAGGACAGUCCGAAAUACUGUUGAUACAGGGCGCACUGUAGUUUGCACGAUUCAUCAGCCAAGUAUUGACAUCUUUGAGGCUUUCGACGAGCUCUUGCUGAUGAAAAGAGGUGGUCGUGUCAUCUACAUGGGACCGCUCGGGGAGAACUCUCAAACGAUGAUUGAUUAUUUCAUGACCGUUGAAGGCGUUCCAAUUAUUAAAGACGGAUAUAAUCCUGCAACAUGGAUGCUUGAAGUAACUAGUCCUGCGGCAGAGGCGCGGCUGAAAAAGGACUUUGCUGACAUUUACUCUGUUUCGGAUUUACACAGGGAAAUAGAAGAGCUUAUCGAGGAACUGAGUGUGCCACCACCUAGUUCCAGAGAUCUCUCUUUUCCAACGGAGUAUUCUCAGGAUUCAAUGACACAGUUUAAAGCAUGCUUGUGGAAGCAAAACUUGACGUAUUGGCGCAGCCCAAAUUACAACGCUGUUCGAUUUUUCUUUACUCUGAUUUGUGCUUUGAUUUUUGGCUCCGUUUUCUGGGACAUAGGAAGCAAAAGGGGUAGCCAACAAGAUCUGUUUAACGUCAUGGGAGCUCUCUAUGCAGCGGUGUUGUUUCUUGGGAUCAAUAACGCUUCAAGCGUACAACCGAUUGUCUCCGUUGAGCGCACGGUCUUUUAUCGCGAAAGAGCGGCUGGAAUGUACUCGCCUUUGCCGUAUGCCUUCGCACAAGGUGCCAUCGAGAUCCCUUACCUUGUACUGCAAACUAUCAUUUACGGCCUCGUCACAUACUCAAUGAUCCAUUUUGAAUGGACUGCCGCCAAAUUCUUUUGGUAUUUGCUCUUCAUGUUUCUAACUUUCACGUACUUCACGGUUUACGGGAUGAUGGCCAUUGGCCUGACGCCGUCGCAGCAACUAGCAGCGGUCAUCUCUUCUGCAUUUUACUCCCUAUGGAAUCUUUUCUCCGGGUUUAUCAUACCACAGCCUCUUAUCCCUGGCUGGUGGGUCUGGUUCUACUGGAUCAGUCCAAUUGCCUGGACUCUAUAUGGCCUGAUCGGCUCGCAGUUAGGGGACGUCAAGGAACGUAUGACUGCACAAGGCUAUGGUACGAUUCAGGUGGACGUUUUUUUGCGGCACUACUUCGGCUUCAGGCACGAUUGGCUUGGAUAUUGCGUUGCUGUCCUUAUUGCCUACAUCGUGGUUUUCUGGUUUGGGUUUGCGUAUUCCAUCAAGUACAUCAAUUUCCAAAAGCGCUGACCCUGGUGCGUUUUAAUACUUAGGUACCUAGUGUUCUGUGGGA